AUCAACUAUUUGAUGUUCCUAUGUGUGCCACUUCUUGGAAACGAUCAAACGAAGAUUAUGAAUUAAUCAAGUUUGGGUACGUUUGGAAGUGUUACGAUAUGGGAGCAGGUUGGAACCUUUCAACUACACCUAGGUGGUUGUUUGGUCCUCCAACUCUCAGUUUUAUAUUGGUUGAUCAAUAGGUAUUUGGUGGUCUUCACGGCAAGGAUCUCCUUAUCAGUCCUAAGGAUUUACCAUCCUUACGGAAAAUGGAUAUAGAUGAUAAGAAUUUAGGUGCAUCUGAGCACAUAAACCCUUUUGGUAAAAUUCCGCAAGGAAGGGUGACCAAGAGGGCGAUUGUGGUUGCAGUCUGGUUAACUGCUUCCACAAACACCCAGCCUGCUGAUAGGUAUUAUGUAAUAGAAGAAUCAGGAUCUGCGAGAUAUGGAUAUGAAACUGGAUAUGCUCGAACCGGACCGCAUCUCGAUUUGCACAUGGAUAAUCUGCUGUAUUACCCUAAAGAGUCAUACUCAUAUCCAGGGCAUUUUGUCCUUGAAAGAGCGUCAUCAGUCUAGCUCGUCAUGACUCGAUCAUGACCUUAGGCGGAAUUGGUCUUGGCCGGAAGAACGAAAGAUACCGGCAAGCACAGAGCAGCCGUCAAAAGGGGUUCCGUAGAGUGGUCUAACCCCAGGGUAAUCCUUGGAGCUUUCUCCAUGCCCGACAAAGAGAACUUGGUGUGAAUCGGGGUAGCUAGCUACCAGCUCGUCUAACUAAUGUACUGAUGUAAUUCCAUGCAAAUAUGGCUACCCGGCGAACAUGAGGUCCCACUCACUAUUCAUGGCCAGACAAAAAGGGACCACUAGCCUAGAGAAUCAAAUAGGGAAUAGGCCCUGAGUUCACCCGCUUGCCCGAAGAUGAAGGGGAAGAAAGGGAUGCCAGGGACAGAGUAACCGGAGGGGGCAUGAAAUGAACCCGGAAGGGAAGCCACAGGAGCAGGAGUGGAGAGAAAGCGAAAGAGGAAAGGUGUUUUCCCAUUCGAUUGAUCGAUUCAGAGUCCCGAACCGAAGCCCAAGCCCAUACUCUGACUAAGAAAAGUGGAAGUUCCUACCCUGGGAACAUUGACAUACGAUCUUUCCGGAUUAGGGAGCAGAGUAUGAACCUGAAACCAAUAUGAAAGAAAGUCAUCAAGCAAGAUAGCAAGUGUCAAGUGUAGGUCUCCCAUUCUAUUACUGGGAGUUAGAACAUGAAAUGAAGAAGUAAUAAAGAACGUUACCGCCCCAAAUCUCAUUGAUUAGGUCUUCUGGAUCACCUGAUAAUCGUCUAAUCAAACAAAUGUCAUGACCUAAUGGACUUUAGGACUAAAGCAGAGAAAGAGAUGUCCUUGUCAGAGGACCGAGCCACUCGAACAAAGUGAGAUUAGCGGAAUGCAACUUCUUGACCGACGAGCUUCAAUAUGAGCUUCGAGAAAAGCAUGCAAAGCACACUAACCUAACUCAAUGAAGGCGACUGCCAGCACUGACUCAGACACACACGUGGGCGGUUGAGUAGUGGGUUGAUUUGAUCAGAAAAGUAGUAUACCUCCGACUGAAUCAAUAUCGCGUUCUCCUUUGCUGCUAUGAAGGAAAGCGGUAUGGAUAGGAAAGCACAAGUUCCGAGUAAGCGGCUUAUAAAGUCUUCUCUUGUACCUGGACCGUCGGCUUAUAUCUUCGGCUUAGUUGGAAAACCCUCCUAUCGCUAAAAAGCGAGGUUUUCACCAGCACUUGAGCUAGUAGCCACUUUCUUAGAUAGGGCUUUCGGCUAGUUUGUGUAAGCGUCUUUGUAAGCAAUACCCCGAAAACUCCGACAAAAGAGAUUGAAUGCCAGGUUAGUUCACUUAUUUCGGGCAUCAUCUUACGUCAUUCGUUAAAGCGCUUUCUAUAAGCCUUUAAUUUAAGGACGUUUUAAAGAAGAGAAAAAGUUCCGCCUUGUCCUUAGAUAGAAGAAGAAGAGGAGAAGCAAGAAUGGCAAUAACCUCCGCUAUUUCCGCUUCGGAAUUGCUACUAGAAGGGAAAAUCUCUUUAGAGAAGGAAAGUCCUAAUGAAAGCUGGAAGGUAAGUCAAUUCUUUUAGGAUAGAUCGAAAGUUCCAUCGAUUUAGGUGUAGGAGGAGUAAGGGCUUUUAGCCUAGGAAGACGACGGUGCUAGAGAAUCAGUGAUUGGGGGAAUAAUGAUUGUCGAAGGGAGGUAGCGGUCUAAGCCUCUUAGGCUUGGCACAGGAACUCUUCUCUCACCCGCUGGAAGGAAGUGAUGUGACCCUGGUAGGAUGAAUUGAAUUAGCUAACGAAUCUUCCGUAAUGCUUGCAAAGAAAUCAGAAGAAAGGCUUCUGCCCCUUGGCGACUCGGAACGAAUGGGAAGAAGUGAAUCAGAAAUGAACUUAUAUAAGAGCGCUUAUUCCGCUUCCUUCUACUCUUGAAAGGUGACACUUUCACGACGUUGGAUAAAUACCAUUUGAAGUUAAGGAGCUAACCUCCAACCUCUUCUUUAAAGCUAUCUAAGAGUGGUUGGGUAUCUGCCUUAAGGCUUAGAAAUCCUCGACCUUAUGAUACAUUCGGUAAGCAGCGCCUCCCCAGCCACAACAACCCCCCGUUCACCAGCCUCCUAUACAAGAGCAUACUGGUGAACAUAUGUCUCUGGAAAAUUGGGAGCGGCUUCUUCAAAAUCACAAGGAGGUUGCCGCGGUGAUUCAAGAGAUUCACCGGGAACUCCACACACGCGUUCCGGGGGGUUUUCAAGCCGAGCGCCUCACAGAAAUGCUGGAGGAGAGACACGGGGGGGAAAGGAUGGGGGAAAUCCUCCAGAGUCUCCAAACGGAGAGACGCCAUAGCCCCUACUUUCGGGAAGUCCAAACGGAUUUCCGAAACUUACGGGGUUCUGGAGGUACGGAGAUGCAACUGCGAAAGGAAUGGCAGGGGCGCGCAUGACCCCUCCAGUCAAGAAUUAGGGCCUUACAAUCACUAGCCAAUAUGCUUUUCUCUCAUGCCUUUCUUCGUUCAUGGUUCGAUGAUUCUUCUUCGCCUUGUUGUGUUGGCUUGUUCAAUCAAUCUCAUAGGUUCCUAUGGCUCGUCCUAUAAGAAAGGGGAUAUACCAUAACCAUAGGGAAGUAAAGGUGCGAAAAAGAAGCUUUUUCUGAGCGUAUAUAGUGGUAUAGUCCUAAAUGCGCAGGAGCAGGAAAAGGGAUGCGCCUUACUAAGCAAGAAAGGGGAAAUUGAAGACUGAGAACGUACGAGGUCGGCACUAAGAGACUGACUUAAGAAAUUACUUGAGUCAAGUUCUUGUGCUAUAUAUCGUUCGUGAUCCUUCGACAUUAUUGAAGGGAGGGGGCUCGACCUGAAGCCUUUAAAUAGAGUCCCAUCCGCCUCCCCGGUUCCACGCGCCCUUACUAGUGAAGGCUCCCAUUGGGAGAAGCAGAAAUUGUUGAGUGAGCGAUCCGGCCUCUAGCCCUUCAAUGAUGGAUUUGUCUUCAAAAAAACCCCGACCUCAGUAGAAAACGAAUGGCGGCGUGAAGUUGAUGAGCAGGGAAGAUGUCUUUUUUAUAGUUGGCCAAGAGGCCCCGUCUUCCAUAGCCAGGGAUUAGUCAUUUAAGGAUCAGUUGAUGCGCUGGGAUGAAAGACAGUUCUUCGGUGCUCCUCCGGGACGAACAGUAAAGACACAUGAAGGUAUUGGCUCUUACUAUCGAUCGGAUGGAGAGAACCGCGGCGCUUUACCUUACGAAUAUCUAAAGGCGAAGAUCUCUUUUCGACUAGCAAGUUUACGUACCUAGGUCCUAAGGUUCUCAUUACUCGGUGAAGUCUGAUUUGAGCCCUGGUCAAACUGAUCUCUCCGACGGGCGGAGGAUGGUCUCAUAUUAGCAAUGUUUUGAUUGCGCCUAUCUGUCGUUGCCAAUGAACCGACCACCAAGAGAAAGUAUCUCUCUUAAUCUUAAGGGGAAGCGCCUUUCAGCCAGCUGAAGGAAGGGCGCGUUAGCGCCCCUGCAAUCAGAAAGCCUUUUGAUACCCUUACUACUAAUAGAAAGGGGAAAGAUGCGCUCAAUCCCUUGCUUCUUGCUCCAACUUAGGAGUAGGGGCUGACGAGCUUUUUCCGCAGGCUGCUAUGCUAGUUGUAGCGCGGUAGCGCUUUACUAAUAUAAUAGAAAGUCAAGUUAGUGUUAUGGUGCAGCGGAAGGCCCCCUCUCCUUACAGUCAAGCGGCUGAACGCCCCUCGAAUCUUCCUUGAGUUGACGUCACUGGGACAUCUACCGCUUGGAUCCUGCCUUGUUAGUCAUCCGUAGAGCUAAAGGGAAUUUUGGAAGCCUUUCCCAUUCCCACACACCAAUGCCAACCAGGGUGGCUGUUCAGUAAGUCCUGCCCCUAAGAGAAAGGAGAAAUUGCUUGCGCGCUUCGUCAAGUAAGAGAGAGGAUCUUAGGCCGAACAGAUCACCGGCUCCGAAGGCCUGCAAUCGUGACUUUAGUUCCGGUGGUUCGCUUUGCUGCCGGGGUGCAACAUUUCUGAGACUUCGAAUGGAGUGGUCCGUACGCCCCUCCCCCUCGCCAAGCCUGAAGAAAGGAGCAACUUAGAUACCUCUUUGUUAACUAUAUUCCUGGUUUGCUAAAAGGGUCCUUGGGCCCAAUCAAUGUCUAUAAUCUUGAUGCAAUGGACUCCCCAAAGCCACUAAACCGCUCUCUUCCACUCGAUUUGAACUGAACCUCGUUCUAGUGAUAUUUUCUCCCUUUUGAAACUGAAACUCAGUUGCCUAUCUGAUCCUUGGUCUAAUUGGGCCUUUCUCUAUAGCUCGAAUCGAAUAGCUGGGCUAGCCCUUCCCCUGGCUUGGUUGGUUAUAUAAGAGAAUCCCGGGAGAAAGCAAGUUAGACCUUACUUAGGGCGAAAGAUUUCUUGGAUGGUUCAUUCUAGUCUGAAGUCAGUCAAGUCAUGGAAUUGACAGAAGUUCCCCCUUAACCAACCCUAAGAGGGAAUUCUUCUAUUCAUUAAGAUGAAGCCAUUCAGUCAGCUCUGAACCUGAACUCAAUGAUUGCAAUUCAAGAAGGGCAUUAAGCUUUGGCUCAGUACAGUAGCAUUUGACUUUGGGAAAGAGAAUCGAUCGCUUACCUUGUUUGGCAUGCCAGAAGCAUUUCGCUGUGGUUCUCAUUGAUUGAGUCGAUCCAGAGACAAAGCAAAGGGAGUUCCGUGGGUUCAGUUUGCUUAGAGGCAGAAGGCCUAGAAGAGGCCUAGAAGUCAUAAGGAAUAGGCUUUUUGGUACUAGCUUGAGGAAGAGAGAAUCCAUAGGUCAAACUAUUUGCAACAACUUCUUCGAAAUAGGGGUCUUAUUAGAACCUUUUUUCCGAACCGGAAGGUACAUCUUCUAAUCCUGCCAUUCUCCAUACUAUUUUUAUGGAUAUGGAGAAUUUUCUUAGAAAUCGCAUUGCUUUUCUGGAGAAUAACUCGACCAUCUGUCUCCCUGAUCAAGAUAUAGGUGUAAAGGGGCAAUAAGGUGUUUACCAUAAGGGGCAAUAAGCUCCCUUUCUUUAAUAAUACUGUAAGCGACGUAUUCCCGCUCGGGGAAGAAUGAAGUGAAACGGAUUCGGGACCGUAUCGAAGCAAUGAUAUCUGGAAAUGUAUAGAUAGAAGUAAAAAGUGCACCUGGACAAUAGAGCUCCUCACCCACUAAAAAGAGAAGAGGUCGGGGAGGAUCGAUACACUUCGUUGUCCAUCCCAUGGACAACUCCUUCCUCUUAGGGCUGUCGGGGAGUCCGAGGCGGCUCCAACCAAAAGUAGGAAACUGAGCGAAGUAAAGUAAUCAAAGAGGAAGUCAGUGCUAGUAGUAAGGACUUGUCACGAUCCAUUGGGGCACAUAGAAUCUAUGUCCUAGGUGUGGACGAAGACCGAGACUUCUCUAAGAUCCGAUUCGAUGGUAUAUCCCUCUUCUAUUGUUCUUAGACGGAUCUCUCACUCUUGAUGAAGAAAAAGACUUCAGCUUUAAAGAUCCGAUCUUGUCUUCACUCACCGAUUCCUUUAAUAAGAGGAAUGCCCGGAAUGCUUGGUACCCUUUUUCUUGCUACUGGUUUAUUCCUGUCCCACUUCUGCUUUCCUCACUCCCCGGCUUGCUUGCGUAGUAAAAAGAAAGAAAGCGUCUAUGGCAGAUGGAAUACGAGAUCUAGGCAAGCCUUUCUUCCUUUGUUAACUUAAAGGCUAUGUAGAAUCCUAGGUUUCGCUUUAUAAUACCAGUCAUUAGUUCCGGCUAUCGCUCCAAAGUGAUAGCGCCAUCGAAAGAUAGAGUGUCAAACAGUCAAACUUCGAUACCUAAAUUCAUUCAUCCAAAGGCUUUUCCAUUCCCUGAUCCGUGCCUCCUUGCUUUAACUAAGACUUUUUGAAUAGUGGCUUGGCUGGCUUUCGAGUUGGGAAAGAUAAGAAGAGCUUGACCGAUCCAUUCUGAAGGGAAGAAGCACACUGCUUAAGAUAUAAAGCGCAGUGCAGCCACCCCGACUUCCGUCCUAUCCUAAUAACAGACCUGGAUAACAGGUAAGCUCCAAUACAUAGUUCCUUGGUUAGACUGUCAGUGAUAAUGAGAAGAACCUUCUUCAGAUAACCUCCUCGAGGAACUUUUGGCAUCACUACCUCAUGGCAAGCUUACUGAGUAUCCACCACAUCCCUUUCCAAAGAUUCAUUCUGAUUGGUUUUUGCCAUGAACUCUCUUGGCAAAGUCAGGAUCAUCUUGCAAUCCACCUUAUCCGGUAAGUUACCUAACAGAACUUGAAACUUUGGCUCAUUUUCUUUAUUCUUUAACCUGGGUCUGACUGCUUGACUCACCAACCUUCAAGUCUUCCUCCAUCAGGUCAUCUUCCGGAACCAAGCCUUCUGAAAGAAAGCUCAUCAGAAAACUCCGUUGACGAGGCCUGUCCCUUCUCCAGCUUCUUGUGGUCUUUCCCAGCCUUACCUUCUGCUGGGUACUUUACCAUCAGACCAACAUUCUGUUUCUUCUCUGCUUCAGUCUGUAUUUUCAAUUCCAUUACCUUCUUCCUCAGCAUCCUCCUUUUCUGGGUCCUUGUCAGCUUAGAUGAUUUCUGUUAUGCUGGACUCUCUCCUACAGCCUCCUUCUCAGGUCUCGGUUUCUGUGCGGCAUGAACCCACUGAUCAGUUGGUGGGACAGUAGACGGUGUUUGAAAUAACCAUUGUUUAUUCAAUCGAAAUCUCAUAAGAGAAGAAAGCUUUUAACGUGGGUCGGCGUAUAGCCCACUCCAUUCUAUCUAUGACGCAUCGGAUCAACUGAGAGAAAUCCUGAGUAACGAGAGAGAUUCUCCACACGAACGAACGACCCGCCAAGUUCGAACUGACAUAGGUGAAUCGGACCAACACCUAUCAACCACCAACAAGGAGUCGCUUUGGUUACGCAGUUUGGUUAGCAGGCAGGCCGCUUAUUACUAUUAUACAUUCCCUUUUCUUGCAGGUAAUCAUAAUGUGUUAUUAGGUAUUUUAUAGUAUAUGAUAAAUAUAUCUUGUUAGGUGUUAAUUCUUUAUAUAG